GGGGGGGGACGGGAGGACAUGGGGGACCAAGCGGGAGCAUCAGUGACGACAAGAGAGGUGGCAAUGGUGCUGCCUGGGGCCAUGUUUCUGUUACUGAUCUCUCUGCUACUGGUGUUGGCUAUGGUGUCUGGGCGGUAUGAUGUGACAGUGAUGACCAGAUUUCCUCCGGAUGGGAAGAAGAAAAUCUUAGACAUGACGCCUUUGUCGUCAUCGUCGAUGGCUUCCUCGUCGUCCUAUUUCCCCAGCCGUUAUGGCGAUGAAAGUAACAAGGAGGAGGGAUCCCAAGAGGGGGCAUUCCCUUUCUCUCCUGCCUCCGAGGGUUCUGGAGGCGGUGGGGAUGGUGGUGUUAACCGCGUUGACAUCAACAACCCCAUUGUGGCCGCUGGCUCUGCCCUGGAAGAAAAACGAUCACGAACGUUCUCGAUUCGGAAAUGGCGUUUCCUGUCCUCGUCUCCUUUGCUAAAGAGAUUCACUCAUCGUUCCUCCUCCUCCUCCUCCUCCUCCUCCUCCUCCUCCUCUUCGUACUCGUCCUUGUCGUCUGUGGUGCAUGGUGGCGGAGACACAGGCGGAGACGCUGCGGCGGCGAAGGAGGCGGAGUCCUCGGAGAGCGCCGUCGGCGUUGACAUCAACGACUUCAGAUCAUCGGGCCUGGCGGACACCGGGCCGGAGAAUCGCUCCGCCGGCCAUCGGGAUCUGUUCGAGGGGCUUCGAUCUUCGUCUAUAGACAGAGAUCCCCACCUCCGCUUCUCCUCCUCCUCCUCCUCCUCUUCCUCGUCGUCUUCCUCCUCCACCAUCGCGAUCCCUUCCUCUCCCUCCAUCUCAUUGCCGGCUUCGCUGCCGCCAUUGUCCACCGCCAUGCCUUCCUUGCCUGGCAACGGUAAUGCCACCGAAGCUGAGGCCCGGAUGACCCUUCUUGAGAUCAUGUUUACUCACUACCUGAAGCAGAAGUUCGGUUAUUGUAUUCGUCACAUAGAUGAGGACAAGCAGCGCACUCUGCGGUUUGAAGGCUCGAAAGAGGACUUCCUGCGCUGCCAGAGUCAGGGAGGACCUUUGGGUGUUCCUGUGCGCAACACACUGUGCAGCUUCGCCGAGGCCAAGAUGUAUUUCGAAAGCAUGCUUCAUACCGACGAACUCCCGGUGAAGUUGGACACCGGCUUGCCUUACGUAGGGAAUAACCUUAAUUGUAAUAGGACGGGGAACAAGGGGAGGUACUUGAAGGGGUGCGCGCCGGGGUGGGCGUCGGAUGUUGACCCUUCCGUGGUGUUGGAGACGGUGUCAACGAACGGGCUAGAGACAGACGGACAGGGGAGGGUAGUAGGUGGUAAGAACUCCAAGUACCUGGAGACGGAACCGUUGAGAACCGAUCUUUUGACGACAAAGUGUUGCCCCGGCUUCUUCUGUCCCCAAGGCUUAGCCUGUAUGAUUCCCUGUCCGCUUGGCGCUUAUUGUCCUCUUGCAGAGAUGAGCAACAGCAGUUACGUUGUCUGCUCUCCGUACGAGUACCAGCCGCACGAGGAACUUGGCUGUGGAGGUGCUCAUCUCUGGGCUACUGCCGACCGAAGCACUUCCAUCUUCUGUCCCGACGGCAGUUUCUGCAAGACAACUACCAAUAGGUCCUCGUGUACGAGCGGAUCGUACUGCCGACGUGGCAGUACCGAUCCCAAGUCUUGUCUUAUUCGGCAGCAAUGCAAGGCAGGGUCUAGCAGUCAAGACCUGUAUCACUUUGGGAUCUUCGGCGUGGUGGUCCUGUUUGCCGUCCUAAUUACCCUCUAUCAGUGCUCGGAGAAGGCUAUGGCUUAUAGGCUCGCGCAUCAGAAUAGGGUGAGGGAGGAGAUGGCGAGGCGGGAGCAGGCGCACAAGCUUGUGGUGCGCAAGUGGAGAGACGUAACGUCGCAGGUGUUGGAGUUGACCAGGUCGGUCUCGGUUUCCACACCGAAUGGCGGCGGCGGCGGCGGAAUCGGCGCAGGGGGCGGGGACAGCGUCGGGAGCGAAACGCCUAUCUUAGGAGGGACGGCGUUUGGAUACGGGAACCUUGGCAGCAUGGGAGGGGGGGGAAGCGGUUAUUGCAGCGGGGGGGGCGGCGGGGGGGGAGCAUCUCCGCAGGCGGACUUUGGCCAUGUGGCCGCACACGAUCUUCUUGCUGAUCUGGACGACUGGCAUGGCCAGGGCCGUGUCAGCCAGAACAUCGAAUUAGAGUUCAUUAAUCUCGUUCUGACCCUGAAGAACUCGGGCAAGAAGAUCCUAGAUAACAUCACAGGGAAGUUGUUGCCUGGGCGGGUGACGGCGGUGAUGGGUCCAUCGGGAGCGGGGAAGACCACCUUGCUCACCGCGCUGGCGGGCAAGAAGAGCAGCCAGACCAUCAUGUCCGGCAAAGUGUAUAUCAAUGGCAGCGAGGGAAACAUCGGAGCCUACCGUAGAAUCAUUGGCUUCGUUCCUCAAGAUGACAUCGUCCAUGCUAAUCUGACGGUGGAGGAGAAUCUCUGGUUCAGUGCAAAGUAUCGUUUGCCCGCGAAAAUGCCGAAGAAGGACAAAGCCAUCAUCGUGGAGAGAACGCUGAGGGCUCUGGGACUGGCCGCGAUCCGCCAUUCGCAGGUAGGGUCGGUCGAAAAGAGAGGGAUUUCCGGCGGCCAACGCAAGCGUGUCAAUGUCGGGAUCGAGAUGGUCAUGGAGCCGUCGCUUUUGAUCCUAGACGAACCGACCUCGGGUCUGGACAGUACUUCGUCCCGACUGGUCAUCCAAGCGCUGCGGAGGGAAGCCACCCGAGGAGUCAACGUCGCGGUCGUUCUUCAUCAGCCCAGCUAUGCCAUCUUCAAAAUGUUUCAUGACGUUAUGUUCCUGGCUAAGGGAGGAAGGGUCGUCUAUCAUGGCGACGUAGCCGGAGUGGAGGAGUACUUCGAUCGACUGGGGUUUUGUAUACCCGACAGGAUCAACCCUCCGGAUUACAUAAUGGAUAUGUUGGACGGGCACAUAAGGUCAACGAGGAGCAUUAGGCAUGAGGAUCUACCAGCACUGUGGAUCGAGCACACAGAGAGGCUGAGCAGAGCGUCGGGAGGAAGCACGCCCGUGCACCUGAAAGCAAGGAAGAGAUGGUUUAGGAGAGGGAGGGGGUCGUUGUCGACAGGGUCGGUCGAUGACGCAGAGUUGAGCGCGGCAGUGGGAGGAGGGGGGGGGGGGGUAUUCAACGGGGGGGGGAUGUUUGGGAGACCGCCAAAAGCCGGGGUAAUGGUAGGUGCUGGCGGUCGAAGUGGGAGCGGCGUCGGCGUCGGCGGAGUCCGGACACCGUCGCCGUCCUUCGUCGGUGCUUCUACCCCCCCGCCGUCCUUUAUGGGGGCUUCCACCCCCCCACCCUCCUUCACUGGGGCCAUUACCCCCCCUCGCCCGCCUUUGAGUCCGGAUGUAAUGAUGAUGACGUCAUCCUCUGCGUGUGGAUUAGGCGAAUGGGAGGAUGGGGAGGAGGUGGAGCGAGGAGGCGGCGGGUUGUCCGACUGUGACUUGGAAACGAUGGUCAGUGGCGGGGAGGACGACAGCAGCUCUACGCAGCCGAUGCAGACCAAGCAGCACCGCCGCAAGGGAAGUCUCUUCGGAUCCUCGAUCGGAGGAGGAUUGUGCGCGGGUGGCAUGCCGGACGUCCGCUUGCUCCCUGGCGCGAGGGGUGGUGGAGGAGAAGGAGGUGGUGGUGGUACUGGAGUAGGAGGAAGCGGUAUGGACUCGGGAUCGCCAUCUGACGGAGGAGGAGGAGGAGGAGGAGGAGGAGGAGGAGGAGGAGGAGGCGGAGGAGGAGGAGGCGGCGGCGGAGGAGGAGUUGUGGUUGGGCGGUUCGACUUUCAUCGAGGUGUGCAACCAAAUUUACAGAGUGGGAGCAAGGGGUAUUGGCGGAACGCGUGGGAGGAGUUUGCGGAGGAGUUUUCGGACAUUUUCUUACCGAUCAAGGACAUGUCGGGGAGAAUGACGCCCGGGUUCUUCUCCCAGACAUGGCUGAUCAUUCAGCGAAGCGCCAAGCAACGCAUCAGAGAGCCGUUGGUUCAGCUUCAGGACUACAUCAUCUUGCUGAUUACUGGGCUGAUCAUGGGUCUGCUGUCGCCAGUCAACGAGGUGAAUCUCGGCGCCGGAAUCUACCCCAAUACUAUCUUGGCUGUCGGAUUGCUCACGAUGAUCGCUGCCUUGCGAACUUUCAGCAGCGAUAUCCUGACCUUCUGGAGAGAGAGCGCCUCCGGCAUCAAUCGAGUCAGCUACUUCCUUGCCAAGGACAUCGUUGAUUGGCUCCACGUGGCACUCAAGCCGCUUGUUUAUCUCGUCGUCUUCUACUUCUUCACUAAUCCUCGCUCCACUUUGAUUGCUAAUUACGCUGUCACCGUUUGCAUGGUCUACUGUGUGACUGGGAUUGCCUACAUCUUUGGGAUCACUCUUAAACCCGCUCCCUCUCAACUCAUGUCAGCAGUGGUAGUCCUCGUCUCUAUGCUUAUAGCAGCGCAGCCGCCCAAAAAACUCCCCUGGGUGGUGAAGAUAAGCUUUGCCAGGUGGGCAUUGGAAGGAUACGUGAUUGUGAAUGCGGAGAAGUAUACGGGGGUGUGGAUAUUGACCAGAUGCGGCGCACUGGCAAGUAGGGAAUACGAAAUCAAUAAUUUCGCGCGCUGCCUGUGGGUGCUGGUUGCAAUGGGGUUAGGAGCGCGAAUCAUAGCGCAACUGUGUUUGUACCUGUGUCACCGGAAAAAACAGAAAUGAAUCUGUUCAUUCAAUAAUACACACCGUUACAGAUGGUAUUAACUGUCAAAAUGGAAGGAGGGGGGAGGCGGAGAAACGGACACUCUCCACUCUCUCUCGUACUGAGUGAAAGGGAGAAGGAGGAGGAGGAGGAAGAGUAGGGGGAGGGGGAGGAGGAGGAGGAGAAGGGAGAGGAAGGGAGGGAGGGUUAUUCGUAUCGACAUGGGAGUAAUGUUUUAGUUACACUGCAACGAUUGGUGUGCAGUGCAAAUAGGGAGAGGGAACAAAGCUCUGCUCCCCAA